AUGGUGAUACAAUCACUACUGUAUAAGGUUAAUAUAGUGAUACAAUCACUACUGUAUAUGGUUAAUAUAGUGAUACAAUCACUACUGUAUAGCGUUAAUACAAUGAUACAAUUAGUGAUAUGUAACGAUAAUACACUAAUCUAUAAAAUUUUGAUUUAUUCACCAUGUGUCACCACCGUAAAUGUCAACUAUUUGGUUUGCAUUGGUGAUGAACUUGUCAAAGCAGGCCAUAAUUUUGUAGUAUAUUUACCUAAUGUGAAUCCAAACGUUAAAACAAAUGGAUCAAAAUUAGCAAAACUUAUCAAUGAGAAACCAAACUUAUCACCUGUAACUUCUAUUGAACAUAUAUUUCAUAAUGUAUCAUCUAUGGAAACUUAUUCUUUUUGGGAAAUUUUAAAGGUUAAUUAA